CUGAUGGAAGUAGCGUAUCCCAUGAACUUGAAGUGAAUUCUGCAGCAAGACAUACAGACUACCUAACAAGUCAAGCUAAGAAAAAAUGGGAUAAUUGAGCUCGAAAUGAUCUUGUGUGCACAUGUGAUGAUUGUCGAAACCAAUGCUGGACACAAGAACAAGAGAUGGUAAAGAUGACUAGGAAAGGCCUUUGACUUCUGGUGUCAUGUGACAGUUCACAUUUUGGAUUCUACAUCAUUUGUGUUCCACCUACCAGAUCCGAAGUCACAUGUUAAAUGGUGGUAAUAACUGAGAAUGGGGUUGCUGGAGGUCUUCUGGUAAUCGAUCAUCACAAUGGCACCAGUCACAAACAAACAGGAGCCUGCAGUAAGGAAGAGUCCUCUGUACAGAGCUCCACUUCUGUGGAGCCCACAGAAGAUUCUUAUUAUACGGACGACGAGGAGCACCAUCAUUACGAUGAUGACGAUGACGAUGUCUAUCAAGAAUUUGAGGAGUUGGACUUUUCACAACUACCAGAUACCAAGAGCAUUGCGUCGGACGAUUCCUUCUACCCUCCUGAUGAUUCACUCCGGUAUGAAGACACUCCGAGCCCGGAACCUCUCAGCUUCUUCAAGGCGUGCUGUACAAACAACGUCAUCAUUGUCAAAAUCAUGAUAAGACAAGGCGUGACGGAGGACGAUGUGCAAGAGGUGGACAAAAAUAACAGAACAGGUUUGAUAGUGGCGUGUUACCAGGGUUAUGUGGAUGUGGUCAUGGCUCUUUCUCAGUGUCCACAUGUGGAUGUGAACCGGCAAGAUAAUGAGGGGAACACAGCUCUUAUGAAUGCUGCACAAGCAGGCCACAGUAUGAUAACCAACUACCUAUUGAACUAUUUUCCUGGUUUGGACCUUGAGCGCAGGAACUGUCACGGCUUUACUGCAGUAAUGAAAGCAGCCAUGCAGGGUCGAGCUGAGUGUGUGCGGGCCCUUAUGAUGACAGGAGCAGACAUUGAAGCAAGGGAUUUUGGGCGGAAGUUAACACCACGAGAAUGGGCCCUGUUCACAGGCCGCUACGAGACAGCAAGGCUGAUGUUGCGGCUGAUGGAACAACCAUGUGCCGAACAAUUCUGUGACUCUUACCGAAUGGAGUGGCCCAUGCUGGGCGAACUAGUGGCCCGAUUGAAGCAGCCCAAGUCCUGUUGGAGGAAGUUCUCAGAACGUGCCUGCACGCUGUUCACCAUCCGUAUGAAGACCGACCCUGUGGAUGAAGGUGUUCUAGACUACAUGGUACGCAUGACCACAGCAUUGGCCAGCCCGUUUAUAGCGACCGCCUGCCGCACCGUGUGCCCGGGCAGCCCUCCGUACGUGGGAAAACUUCGCCCUUCCGUGCAGGACAUCCUCCGUAAGCAGCGUUUGGCCGAGCUGAAGAACCUGGGGCCUGAACGUCUCAAUAACUACAAGCGUCUCUUCCAGAACUCCAGAGUGCUGCUGAUUCCAAAAAAGCAAGAGAGACGUUCCAGCCUGCAGCCCCAGUUGCUACAAAACGUCGCCAGCGUGGCCCUGAGGAGAAGCAGCCUGCUGCCUCUUCACAUGAUGCGCAGGAGCAGCGUGCGUCCCGGUGUGGUGGUGCCGAAAGUCAUGCUGUGCAAAGCUCCUUCUCCCGCGUUCAUCAUGGAGAGGCCGCGGUGCAAGGCUUCAAAAGACUCAAAGCACCUACAGAUCCCGAAAUGGAAGUACAAAGCCCUGAAGGAGGAGAAGAAGCAAGCCGAACAGAUGGAGAAGUUAAGAUCGUCUAUGCUGAGGAAAAAGUGACCUGGCUUUUGAUGCCAUAGGGGCCGUUCACACACGAUACGUUCAAAAAAGAGCAAAAUAAUGAAUAUACAAUGUACGUGUUCAGAGACGUGCUCUUGAGUUAAGCUGUUUUUUUACUGUGCAAAACAUGGCACCCACGGCACAAAACAUCUGUGAACGGCCCCUUAGAACAUUAUUGGCUUUGCAGGCCAAUUAAAAUAAACUGGUAUUUAUGUUGUAAUGAUCUGCUAGAUACGCAUUAACAUUUACAGUAUAUGCAUUUAAUAUAGUUUUUCUUGAUUCAUUUUUGUUGUGAAAAUACACUUAAAAUGAAUUUCAACACAUUUUUCUUUGUUUUUUAUAUUAAGUUUAUUUAACUAAGUGCGGGAGGAACAUGGUCACGUAAUCCAACCAAUCAGCGCAGAGAGGUCUCAAUGUAUAGACAUA